AUGAGUGUGAGUCAAACUAGUACUGAUUCACCUCUUAAACAAGUUUCUGAUGAUAAUAGUAAUAAUAAUAAUAAUGGAACAUCAACACCUCCUCCAAUUCCUCAAAAACCUAGACGAAUCUCUACUAAACCAUCUACUACUACUUUAAAUAGUACAACUACUUCUCCAUCAUCAUCAUUAGGUGGUGCAAUUACUUCCGCUACUGGUACUGGUACUAAUGGUGUUGCUUCUACUACUUCUCAUGAUGGUAAAACAAAAACAAACAAAUCAUCCUCUUCAAGUCCAACACAAAAGAAACCACCUAAACCAUCAGUACCAAGUGAACCUAAAGUAAUAGAUGAUGGACAAUUUAGAUAUACACAUGUACCACCACAUCGUCUUGUCUAUACUAUUGAAACACAAGUUAGAAUGUUAAAUAAUGAUGAAGUAUCAUAUGAUGAUGAAUUAAAAAGCUAUGAAGAAAGAAGUGAAAAUUUAAUGGAAUCUAAUAUUGAACCAUUUGUUGGUCAAUUACCAUUACCACCUAAUUGUAAUUUAUUUAAACAAGCAUUGAGAUUUAAAGGACAAUUAGAAGAAUUAAAUAAUUUAAAUUCACAAAUGAAUCAAUUACAUCCACACAUAUAUCGAAAAUCAUCAAAUACUAAAAAUAGAAAACAUUCUGUCAUGUCAAAUCCAAGUGGUGGUACAAGAUCAAGAAAACAAUCAAUCAAAUCAUCUUCAAUUAAUAAUAAUUCAUCAUCAUCAUCAUCAAUACCAUAUGGUGCUAUUAGACACGUACAUCCUGUUAAAGAUCCAUUUCCAGAAGAUAUUGCUGGUAAAGGUGUUCCAAUUAGAAUUGGUUUAUCUAAACUAUUAAAUAAUAAUAACAAUAACAAUACUAAUAACAAUAAUAAUGGUGAUAAUAAGAAAGAAAUAGAAGAAGAAUUAUUCAAAUUACCUCCAGAGUUGAACAAAUUACCAGAUAUUCCAUUCCCACCAUACAAUUCAGUUCAAUUAUCUACAAAUUCAAUGAAUUAUGUAUAUGAAGAUCAUUGGAAAGUUGAAAAUUCAAGACCACUCAUUCAAUCCACUUUAAUAUCUCCUGAUCUUGUUAAUAAUACUAAUAAUACCAAUAAUACUAAUAGUAAUACUAAUACUACAAAUAAUAUAAUAGAUAGAAGUAAAUGGAGAACACGUGUAUUAAACAAAUAUCCAGUAACACAAGAAUUAUCAGAGAGAUUAUAUCCACUGUGGAGAACAUUAAGUUUUGGUGAAUUAUUUAAUGCAGGUAGAAAGGAUGUUCGUAAGAAAUUGAAUGAUGAUCACAUUACUAAUAUAAUAUUACAACAUUUACAUUUUGAAGGAUUGAAGGAAACUAAAAAAUCCUUGGAAGAAGAGAGUGGUAAGAAAUAUAUUGGUAUCGAUAUUGAUCAAAGUUUAUUGUAUGCAUUGUGUAAGGAGGCUAUUAAAAAAUCUGAAAAGUUAAUGGAUACAAUAAUUUCAGAUAAAUAUUCAAGUGCCUAUCUACAAAAGAAUAAGAAUCAAAUAAUGAAAGAAUUAGAUGAACAAUUGAGUGAAUUAGGUAUAACAAAUGAUGAAUUUGGUAAAAGAGAUGAAGAUGUUAAUAUUUGGAAAGAACCUGAAAGACAAAAUGAAAUUGUUGAAUUUGAUCCUGUUAGUAAAUUUGAACAAUUUCAAGCAGGUUCAUUAAAUAGAAUAAUUGAAAGAUUAACAAUACCAACACAAGAUCAAUCUUUUAUUGAUGUAUUUUUACAUACUUAUAUGGCAAUUGCUUCACCUGAAUUAGUUUUAGGUAAAUUAUUUCAACGUUUCAAAGUACCUUCUACAUUUACACCUGACGUUAAAAAUGGUAUUCAAUCUGCUGUUAUUAGAGUUUUAUUAAUUUGGAUUGAAAAUCAUUUUCAUCAUUUCACUAAUAACAUGUUACAAAAAUUACAAUCAUUUUUAGAUGAACAAGUUUUAAUUCAUGCUAAAUUAAAUAAGAGUAGAAAGAAAAUUAAUGAAAUUAUAACUCAAAUGUCUAAAUUAUCAAAUAUUAAUACUUUUUCAUUUAAUAAUAAUAAUAAUAAUAAUAUGAAUAAUAAUAUGAAUAAUAAUAUGAAUAUGAAUAAUAGUGGAAUUGGAAUGGGAGGUGGAGGUGGAAUUAGUAGAAAUGUGAAUAGUUCUGAUAAAAUACCUGAACCAAUCAUACCAUGGAAUAAAAUCUUUGCCAGUGAUUUAUGUAUUGAAGAUAUAGAUGGUGAAGAGAUGGCAAGACAAUUAUGUUUAUAUGAAUUUGAUAUGUAUUAUUCUAUAAAAUCAGAGGAAUUAUUAAAUCAAGCAUGGAGAAAACCCAAAUUAAAACAUCGAUCACCUAAUGUAUUAAAUAUGAUGAAUUUCUUUGAUAAUAUUAGUAUGUGGGUUGCAUCAUUAAUAUGUAGAGGACAAACAACCUAUGCUAGAAAACAUACUUAUAAAAUGUUAAUUAUAGUAUGUGAUCAAUUGAGAAAGAUGAAUAAUUUUAAUACAUUGAGAGCAAUUUUAAGUGGAUUUGAAAAUGGUGCAGUUAAAAGAUUAAAGGAUACAAGAAGUGAACUUGGUCAAAAAUCUAAAGAUACUGAAAAUUUAUUAAAACAAUUAAUGAGUGAAGAAAAUAAUUAUAAGAAAUAUAAAGAAGUUUUAAAAACUUCAUCAUUUCCAGCUAUACCAUAUUUAGGUGUACAUUUACAAGAUUUACAAUAUAUUGAAGAAAAUCAUAAUGAUUAUGUUAAAAAUACAAAUAGAAAUGGUGUUGAAUUAAUUAAUUGGAUUAAGAGAGAAUCUUUAUUUGAAGUUAUUAAGGAAAUUAAACAUUUCCAAAAUCCAAUUGGUUACAAAUUUGUUAAAGUUUUUCAAAUUCAAGAAUUAAUUAGAACAAUGCCAUUCAAAGCAUCAACAAAUCAUAAUUUAAUGAUUCAUAGUUAUAAGGCUGAACCACCACCAGGUGCAUCUGCUAAUUUCUUUGUUGGUUAAAUUUAUUAUUAUUAUUAUUAUUAUUGUAUCAGAAAUGUUUGAAAUUGUUGUAUUUUUAAUAAAAGUUAUUAAAUUUUUG